AUGAUGGCAGGAGGGUUCUCAAAUGUGAAGCCUGGAGAUCAGGAAGCACAAGAAAUUGCAAAUACUGUUAAAAGCACAGUGGCGACUAGAACAGGGCAUCCUUUGAAUGUGUUUAGAGUUGUCCAAUAUGCAACUCAAGUUGUUGCUGGAAUGAAUUAUAAGCUUAAAGUUGAGACAGACGGAGGAGAGCAUCUGCAUUUAAGAGUUUAUCGCCCGUUACCACAUACUGGUGAAGGUCCUCAGCUCAAAGAUGUUGAAAGAGGGAAAACCCUUGCAGAUCCACUUUAG